AUGACCCGAGGCCCGAGCGCCUCCGGCUCCGGCGGCGGCCACUCAUCAUCACAGUCCGGGGGUGGGGGCCACAUCAGCAAGUUCUUCCGAGGCGCCUUCCGGAGCAGCAGCAGCAGCAGCAGCAGCAACAGCAGCAGCAGCAGCAGCAGCAGCAGCAGCAGCGGCGGCGGCGGAGGCAGCUCCUCCACCCCGGCGAAGGGAUCCUUCAUGGUGCACAUCACCCCGGACCCCAGUCCCAACGGGCACGGGUCCGCAAGUAGCCCGGGCAAACUCCGACGCCCGGCGGCCCUCGGUUUGACCGUGGACACGGAGCCCCCGGCGGCCGGCGGCAGUCGUUUCAGCCUGGGGUCCGAGCAGCGCCGGAGCCCGCUGGCCCCGCUGGCGGCCGCCGCCAGUGGCGAGGGCAUUCGCACCCCGGUGUCGGCCGGGCCCCCGGCCGAGCCGGCCAUCAGCGAGGACCGGGUGGAGGAGAUGCUGGCCGGCGGGCCGCUCUCCGCCUCGAGCGUCAGCCAGCGGGUCCUGGCCCCGAGCGAGCGCCGGUCCCUUGAGCGCCAAGCCCGGCGCCUGCAGCGCAGCAUGCAGGCCGACCCCGAGGGCCGGGUCGACCCGCUGCCGGGACCCGACUCGGUCCCGGACCUGACCUCGACCCCGACAUCGGAGCAUCUGCCGGCCAGGCCGGGCCCGGCCGCAGCCGCCGGCAUCCCCCCCGAGGGCGCGAGUCCGGCUCCCGAGCCCUCGACCGGCACGCCGGCCGGCGCCGGCACCGCCGCCACCACCGCCCCCGAUGGCCCGGCCAUGUCGGCCGCGGCCGGCCAAGCCUGCGGGUCCUUCAAUGUGGAGGCCAGCAGCACGGCCGAAGACCUGGCCCUCGGCCCGGCCACCGGCCCAGCCGGGCCCCCGAACAUGGCGCCAUCCUCGUCGCCGGGCGACGGUAGCGCGUGCCGGCCGGCCGCGGCCGAGGUCGGCACUCCGGCCCCGCCGGCCGCCGUCGUGGUGGUCGAGCUGCCGAUGGGGCCGCGCCGGCCGGAUGCCGGGGCCGAUGGGCCCGGCGGCGGCCCCUCCAGCGUGGUGUUCACCGCUCGCGGGGCCCCUUUCGUGGCGGCGGAACCCACGGCCGGAGGAGCGGGCCCGGGCCUGCGGCCGGCGUCCGGCAGCCUCCCGGCGGUCCCGCACGGGCCGGGCCACGACCAGUCCGGCCGCGGGGCCCAUGAAACCGCGGGCUCGGUGUCGGCUCCCACCUCGCCGGGGCUGGCACCGGCCGCCGGUGACACGGCCCCCAGCCCCGGGGCCGUGGCGGCGCCGCCGCCAUCCAAGCCGGACCCCGGGAUGGGGCUCGGCCGCGUGCCGGCCGCCCACGAAUCGGACUCCCUCAUGACACUGGCCAUGGUCGCCAUGCGCUUCCUCACCCAGAGCCUGCUGGCCAUGGAGGGAAGCCUGGAGUCGGCCCGGUCCAAUGUCGAGCGGGCCCUCGGCACGACGCUCGUCCGCCAGUGCGACGGCAGCAGCAGCAGCAGCAGCAGCAGCAGCGGCGGCAGCAGCGACGUCAGCGCCGAGGCCGACCUGCUGGACACCGCGUGCAAGGUGAACACCGCCUUCGUGGCCGGGCUGGACCAUUUCCACCGUGCGCGCCAAGUCUUGGACAUCUUCAGCCAGGUGCGCCGGCAGCUGCUACUCGGGGCGCUGACCCCGCCGGCGGCGGCCCGGUCCAACGGCGUGCCGGCCACCCCUGACGACGGGGGCCCCGGGCUGCCGGCGAUCAGCCCCCUGCUGCCGAGCCCGGCCGCGGACAUGGUGCCCGGCUCGCCGGCGGCGGCCGCCUCGCCCUCGGCCAACGGCCGACAGACCCCGGUGUCGCCGAUGGUGUCGCAGUCGCUGGCCGCCAGCGGCAUCCUCUUCGGGUGCCUGAGCCGCGAGGCGGUGGUCGCCCUGCGGGCGGUCUUCAAGUCCACCGAGCAGUCGCUCGGCUCGCUGGAGGGCAGCAUGGCCGAGCUGGCGCGCCUGGUGUCGUAUGUGGCCCGCGCGGUGGAGUCCCACAGCCGCGUGGUGGACAAGCAACGCAAGGACCGCGAGAUGUGGGAACGCCGGCAGGCACGUCGGGCCCUGCGCCGGGCCGGCGCCUCGGCCGGCGCCCCGGCCGGCCUCCGUCUGCUGGAUGUGUCUUCGGACGAUGCCAGCAGCGACUCCGGGUCCUCCUCCGAUGCGGACCAUGUGCCGGGCCCCUCGGCCGAGCACCGGCCCGGCGCCGGGGUCCGGCCGCUGACCCUUGGCGACAUGCGCUCCGUGCUGGACUCUGACAGCCACCCGAGCCAUGACGCCCAGCAUGAGGUCGAUGAUGACCGCCGCCAGGGCCGCCGCCCCCCCCGCCCGGAUCUCCUCGCCCAUGGGGCGGCUGCCCUGGAGGAGGAGGAGGAGGAGGGUGGGCAGCAGCGGCAUCAGCAGCAGCAACAAGGGGAGGCCGACCAGGAGGAGAACGACGACGAGGAGGACGACGACCUGGCCCGGCUCAGCCCCACGGGCACCGACCCCGCCAACAGCAACCAGUGGCGGCCCCGGUCCGAGCACUGGCAGGAGACCCAGCAAUCGGUGGAGCGCCUGCGCCAGUACGGCCAGCGCUUCGUGGUCCAGCUGUAUGCCGUGCGUGACCAGGCCAGUCGCCUGCGCAUGGUCGACGUCGAGGGCAAGCUGGCCCCCCGGUGGGAGCGCGUCCUGCGGACGGCCAUCCACCAAUCCGGCCCGGACACCGUGCCGGCCAUCGGCCGGGCACUGCUGGGCCUGGAAAAUGUCAUCCGCGACCGACUGGGCAUGUAUGCCGCGCGGUCGCGCGCCGCUCGCGACCUCCUCUGCCGCAUUGACCAGCACGAGAUGGAAGUCCGCCGGCGGGCGCGUCCGGCCGAAGCGCUGCCCUCUCCUGCCUCGGUCCCGGCGGCGGCGGCGGCGGCCGCCUCCGGCACAGUCUGA